GUGCAGGGCCGGGCCGGCUGCACUCUGCAGGGGAGCGGGGAAGAGCCGGAGCAGCGCGCGGCGGCCAGUGGGUGAGGACGGCCCGGCUGGGAGGGAGUCGCUCGGGCGGAGCAGCUUCUCCUCCCCCGCCACAAAGGAAACGGCAGCUACAGCCCGCUCCGCCCAGGCGCGCUGCACCGCUCCACCACGUGAGCUCCGUGUCCCGGCGCCCUGCUCUCCGCCUGGCCGCUCCAGAGAGGCGCGGAGCUGGGGAGGGCGCAGCCGGUCCGUGUCUAGGGAGCCGCAGCACCUCUCAGCCCUCGCCUCCUGCCCUGGGGUGUCUCGGGCUAGACACGGGGCCAGUCCUCCCCCUUCCUCCCGGGACCAUGAGACUCUCCGCUGGGGCUGCCAGCCCCUUGCACGCUGCGGCGCUGCUGCUGCUGCUCGCCGCCUUCUGCCUCUCCGCGUCCGGGACUACAAAUACAUCCAUCCCAACCACAAUCACACAAUCCACUUCAAAUACUUCAGCACACGAUAAAAAUGUCAAUCUCACGACUACAUUGGGUUCUACCAAAACAACCACCACCCCGACAACCAACAACAACAACCAGACAACCAACAACCAGACAACCACCAACAACAACAACCAGACAGCUUCAUCAACCACCACCUCAAAACCCACAACAAUCAUACAAUCAACAGCCAGUGUCACAGUGACCACUUCCAAGACUAUGUCUCCUUCCAGCUCCGUCACAGCCACGCCAAAAUCUGCAGCUGUGCUGUCCAGAACCUCCAGAUUUGAUGUGGGCAGUUUUUUUGGUGGCAUUGUGCUGACACUUGGAAUGUUAGCCAUUCUCUACGUUGGAUGUAAAACAUAUCACUCAAGAAGAGGUGUUCAGUACAGAACCAUUGAUGAACAUGAUGCUAUCAUUUAAAGAUACUUCAGAGAAGACAAUGGGGAAAUUCCACCCGAUCACUGCUUUUAGAACAUCUGUUUGAAAAAGUUUUUUUCCAUUCAUAACGGUAGUCCCAGUCUCUAAUGCAUCCAUAGAUCUGAUCCUGCACAGUGUCAAGAUCUUCCCAAAUACCCUAAGCUCCCAUUUAUUUCAAUGGAAGCUGGAGGAAGUUAGUACUUUGAGAAACAUGCCCUGUUGUUGAUGCAAUUUAAAAAAAAAAAUCCUUUAAAGUUUGUUACCUAAUGAUGAACUGAAAUGCUUUUUAAAAUAAAUGCAUAGAAACUUUUGAGAUACCAAA